AUGUCGUCCUCGACUGACACGUCGUCAUUUUCUCUGAAGCCAGUCGUCCCAUCCGACUUCCCAGCUAUGGCUGAGAUGUGCGGCUUAGCUUUUGAGCACGACAGGCACACAAUGCUUAAGGCUGCUCACCCAACAAAUCCCUACGAUCAUGCUGCAGGGAUGACUGGCGCAUUUGAAUAUUGGCUUAGUCGCCCAGCCGGCAAAUUGGAGUUGACCAAGGCAGUAGACGAUGCGACAGGGGAGAUUCUGGGCUUCGUUUGCUGGGGUAUGAGCCUUGAUCCCAACACAAAGCAAACCAAGUCCGAAGACGGCCCUCCUGCAGAGGAAGUCGAUAAGGGUGCGGAGGCCAGUGUCGAACAGCCAAACAAUGCCUCGUCAACAGAUGAUGUUGCGUCUCAAGGCACCAGUCCUGACCCCCUCGAACAACUCGAAGAGAUGACAUCGUCCCAUCUCGCCGCGUUCCAAGAGCGGGUGAUGCCGAAUGGCGUUAGGUGCAUGUAUGUGAUCACAAUCACCGUGCAUCCCAAUCACCAACGCCGUGGAGUUGGUCCAGCUUUGAUCAAACAAGGCACAGACCGAGCUGAUGCUGAGGGCGUAUUCUGUUGGGUUCACUCGAGCGAGGCUGGGGUUCACACGUAUCAAAAGUGCGGAUUUGAGGAGGACGAUACACUCCAAAUCGACCUGGAUGACUGGGCAAGGAAGUUGGAGAUCAAGCCACCAGCUGGUGACGACAAAUGGGGCAUUUAUACGUUCAAAUAUAUGAUCAGGCAGCCCAAGGCUGCGUAG